AUGGUCGACAAGCUCACCGUUACGAUCUACCAUGUGUACCGACCGCUGGGUCGACGAACUCCACAGCAAGAGCGCGGGGAGAGGGAAUGUGAAGACAGUUUCAAGGAGACCACCAAGAUCACCGCCGCGCAACUCACGGGCCAAACUGCCCCUGUGCGUCAAGAUCUAGAGAAAGGGGUUUUAAGAGGCAGAAAAGGAUACGAGGAUAUUUAG